UAUAUCUUCAGAUGUAGGAUUGAAUUUCACUGAAUAUAACUUCUAUGUUAUCCGGAAGUCUUAAUUAGUUCACUCCUCCUCAACUCGAUCCGCAGUCUCGCAGCUCUAGAGGGGGUGGAGAAAUUUGCAGCUGAUGGGUUAGAUUAUAUAUCAUGGCCUUCUUCUGCUGAUAUUAGCUUUCUGUCGAGAACUUCAACAUGUAUGAACUUCGAACUCAGCACUACUUGGAUUUUGAUGACGCCGUCAAAAAAUUGGCUGGCCUUUUGCGUGAAAGCUAUGGUACUGCAGAAGGCAAAACUAAACUACUUGUCCUUUAUCACUCGUACGCCAGAUUUUCUAGAACAUCAGUUGUUCUUGGAGCUAUAGCCAAACUCCUAAAAUCCACAGUAUGUGAUGUUUCUGACACGACAAAGCAUUUUAGCAGAAUUGUCUAUGUGGACCGCUCCUUGUGUAGAAACACAAGGACCAUGCAAAGGGCAAUCGCGGAGGAGCUGAACCUUGGCCAUGUAAUGAACUUAUUUGACAAGCAAGAUGAAGAUGAUGAUUUCAGAGGUGUGGACGACAGUCUUCGAAAAGAGAUAUCAAGUGUUGGAAGUUUGAUUAAUGAGUCUCUAAGAAAUGAAAGGUUUCUGGUGAUUUUUUACUAUGGAGAAGUCGAAGAAAUGGAUCUGGUAAAUUGUGGCAUUCCUCUUUUUGGUAAAGGUGUACUGUUAUGCUCUCCUGGUGGCUUAUUUCAGGUCGAACAGCGGGACUAUAAGAUGUCCAUUUUUCAUAUGAUUUACAUUUUUAUGGGUUCCAACCCUAGCACAGAUACUGGUACACAAACCCACCAUAUAUUGCUCAAAGAAGCUGCUGAAGUGAUUCGUGACACCGUUGUAGAUGGCAUUAACCCAGAAAUAGUUUUGGAUUGCUUCUUGUACUCACUGUUCCUGACAACACAACUACUUAAUAGCUCUAUUGGUGUUGAGUAUGAUUGGGCUACUCAUGCUUGCAACUACUGGAUUUGUGAUGGAAUCGUUGGAGGUGAAAGGACUUGGGAGAUUGGUAAUGCCCUGUAUGGGGUGAUACCACAGUUGAGCAAUUCUACGGAUAGAACAAGACUUUUGGCAUCCUAUUUGAAUGGAAGAAAAAAUUCCUAUAAAGGCUGGUAUUCAGUCACCUCCAACAAAUGCGGAGGAGAUCAUAUCCCUAAUGUCCCUCAUAACGCAUCAUCUUAUUUCCUAACAUUUGAGGGAGAUGAUCCAGUAUAUGUAUAUUAUGUUUUGUUGCCUCUGAUGGUUGAACUCAUGACCAAUCUCAGGGAGCUAAAUACAAAGGGAGUCUCAUGGAAGACUAUGAGUCAUGUUUGGAAAAAGCUAGAAAAACUUUACAAGCUCCGAGUUACCAAAUCUUCAGAUGUGUUCACGGUGGACAGCUGUUCUUCCAUAGAUAUGAUGAAUUUGGAACUCCUUGACUUAUCUAGCAACACUAACAUGGAAUUUUUGCCGACAUUGUCAUCCGCAAGAAGCCUGAAGAUGCUUGUUCUUGAUGGUUGUUCCAGCUUGGAGAACGUUGUACUGGAAGGAGCUCCUCCACUGCUCGAAAGUUUCAGCUUUGAUGGUUAUGGGCCAGCAGAGAAUUGGAAUCAUUCCAUACAACUGCCAAAAAAGGAAUUGCGCCUGCAGUCUCCUAUAGCUCCCAUCGAAACCGUCCAAGUUACCAAGAUCUCCCUCCAUGGUUGUGGUCGAUUGCAGAACAUAUUUUUGCGUGCAUUGCCUAAUCUGGAGGAUCUGGAUCUCUCUGGUACAGCCAUUAAAACCAAGGAACUUGACCUCCUUGCAAUGGAUAUCCCGAAACUCAAGAAGUUGUUCCUGCUGGGUUGUCAGCAUCUCCGUAGCCUAAUCUGGCGUGCAUUACCUAAGUUGGAAGUGCUACGUAUAGACAUGCAGUGGAAGCAAAGAUCAAUGGUCUAUUGUGGAAUAGAGAGAUCUUUCAGCUUUCAUGCAUUUAUUGCUUUUACAGAUGGAAGGUUCACUUUCAGGUUCAUUGAGGGACUCUAUCACCGAAUAUCACAAUGUCUCUCAAUGGUGUACCUCCUUAUCUCUUGCAUGAGCCAUAGCCAAGCCAACAAUACCAAAAGUAUCAAGGAGAUUGGCCCUAGCCAAGAGGGUUUGGUUCCAACAAGUCUGAUUUUACCUUAUGAUAAUGUUGCUCUUACUAAAGAUGUUAUGUGCUCAUCUUUCCUGUGGAACCACCAACAGCUUCAAACUUUGGAUGUGCAUAUCGAGAUUGGUGAAGGAAGCUAUAAUAUAGAGAGUAUGCAUGACAAUUCAAAUUUCAAUUUAUUUGCGCGUCAUGUUCAAUCAUUGCAUGUCCAUGACAAUUCCUCAAUCACUGCUAUCCCUCCAGCAAAUGAAACAAACUGGGACAUGCUUGAAUGGUGUCAUGUUGUGAGGUGCCCCAAGCUACAAUAUGUGUUUUUUCGCCGAUAUGGACGAGAGAGCUUUGGACAUAUAAGAAUAAUUUCAGCUUCUGAUCUCCUGGUGGCUUAUUGCAUCUGGAGUAGAGGCACUAUUAUUCAGAAUAGUUGUUUCGCACGACUGCAACACAUAUACAUGUACAACUGCCCUAGGCUGGUGUACGUCCUCCCCAUUUCCUUCAGCUUGCCCAACUUAGAGACCCUCCAGAUCGCAUACUGCAGUAACCUCCGAGAUGUUUUUCCAUUGGACGACAAGUACCCUCCAGCAAUAUCAUCAGGUGUCACAUUCAAGAACCUAAAGCAAAUCAAGCUAUACCAUCUUCACAAUCUGGGGCAGAUAUGCGAAGUCAGAUUGACUGCGCCGGCGCUGCAGACGAUCGGCCUCCGGGAUUGCUGGGGUCUCAGGCGUCUGCCGGCCGUAGCACGUGAAGGUCCCAAGCCGGUGGUGGACUGCGAGAAGGACUGGUGGAACAAACUCGAGUGGGAUGGCUUGGAUGCCGGUCAUGACCCAUCGCUCUUCGAAACGCGCCACUCAGCCUACUACAGGAAGACCCUCCCGAUGGUCUCGUUUCUAAGGUGA